CCUCGUACAAAAUAGCAAAUUGUGCUGCUAGUCCAGAGUCUUGCCAUAACUAUGGAUGCGGCCAGCCGUGGAGCCACAGCUCUCGAAGCGGGCAACUGCGCCGAAGCAAUCAAAGAAUACACGGCAGCACUCAAGCAGAACCCCAAAGCUGUUGACUAUUACCUCAAGCGCUCAACUGCCUACCAGCGGUCGACGCCACCGGACUAUGCCGCUGCGUUAAAAGAUGCCGAGAUAGGAUUGCACUAUGCGUACGAAAGAGCAAAGCGUGAGCUCAUAGGUCAGGCACACAUGCGGCGGGUGACCGUCCUCUUCAACCUGGGACAGUACGCCAACGCGCAGUUCGUGCUUGAGUUUGUCAAGAAGUUUGAUCCGGGCAACAAGACGAUAGCCAUUUGGGAAACCAAAAUCGCGUCGAAGCUCAAGGCGCUGCCGGAAGACGACGAGAACCGCAAAGUCAGCACGGUGGAGAAGCCUACGGUUGACUUGACUGAGGGCAAGGAGGAGUCGAAACCGGCCCAGUCUUCCGCCGUCACGAGCACUCCGGAUGCUCCCAAGAAGCCCGUGCAGACACCGCCUAGUCAGAUCAAACACGAUUGGUAUCAGAACAAGGACAACGUAUACUUCUCGCUGCUAGCGCGAGGCGUGCCACAGGACAAGGCGGUCAUCGACAUCGAGGAGCAUUCAAUAUCCAUCACCUUCCCCACCGCGACAGGCUCAGACUACAACUUCACUCUCGACCCUCUGUUCGCCGCCAUUGAUGUCGCAGCCUCCACCUCGCGCAUUACACCCAGCAAGGUGGAGCUCACGCUCAAGAAGAAAGAGCCCGGCCGGCAGUGGAAAACCCUCGAAGGAACAGAAGCCCCCAAGCCUAGCACGUCGCCAGAUACAGGCACUGCCGAAGAUCCCGUUCGCAAGGACGUCCUCGCCUCCGCGGAGAAGGCGCCAUCGUACCCGACGUCGUCGAAGUCAGGCCCGAAGAACUGGGAUAAGGUCGUCAAAGACAUGACCAAGAAGCCUAAGAAGGCCGACGGAGACGACGGCGAGGACGGGGGCAUGGACUUGGACGACGACUUGGACGACUACGGCGGCGACGAAGCCAAUCUUUUUUUCAAAAAGCUGUACGCAGGCGCCGAUCCGGACACCCAGCGCGCGAUGAUGAAGAGCUACAUCGAGAGUAACGGCACGGUGCUGAGCACGAACUGGGCGGAGGUAGGAAAGCGCAAGGUUGAGACGAGUCCACCGGAUGGCAUGGUGGCCAAGAAGUGGGGAGAGUAGAGCUUCGCACAGCCGACUCGAGGGGGCCGUCUGUCGUGGGACUCGGGAAUGUGGGGACACAACGUAUGACCUCCUAUAUUCUCUGUCUCUCCCUCUCUCUCUCUCUCUUUCGCACACGCACACACACACACAGUGAGGAUCUGCCCAGAAAACGGGGUUUAUGACGAAAUGGCAUUCACGCUUUAACGACAUCACAUUCAUGAGGAGGCGUUUGUGGUAUGAUUUCGCGCGUUGGCUGGACAUGGGAAAAGUGCUCGUGUAUACUAUAUCCGAAUCAACCCUCUCAUGCAGAUGGCGGCCUUUUGUGGCUUGAAGGGGCCUGCGCUGCGUGCCGCGAAUGAGAAGAGGAGCUUAUACGGACCGAUUAUGUUUCCGAUGAGCAUGAGUAAAGCUGCGUGUAGCCAUGCGAACGUAUUUUCCUC